GUCGACGACUCGCUGCCGCUUCACCUCCUCCGCCGUGUCUCCUGAGCCUGAGCGCGGACAUCACAGACCAGAGAAUCCAUCAAUACGCGCUGGAAAAGGGACAUAUCCAUCAAAAUGUGGCCAUACCCUGCAGCUGGAGCUCUGCUCACCAGCAUGCUCGCUACGGCAGCGCUUGCAGCGCCUCCACCCGAGCAAGCAAUUCUCCGACCUCCACCGACCUCCGUAGCUCCCUACAACAGCAUCCAAACCGGUGUGGGCCACUUCAGCGAAUGGAGCCGAGCAACAAAGAAGGAAUUCCUCAUCGACUGGCAAGCCGGCAAGGCCUCAGAAUGGAUCUUCGUGCAAGGCAACGAGGGCGGGGACCUCGACAGCAUGACCGCGGCCCUGGCCUGGGCUUAUCAUCUUGAGCAUUCGACUCAAAAUACUUCGCAUCCUCAGAAAGCUAUCGCACUGCUGCAGACUCCGACUGAUGCUUUGGAUUUGAGGCCGGAGAACAAGGUGGCCUUGAAGAAUUCGUUAAUGAGUUCUGGGCAUAGCGAUCUGCUCACUAUUGAUGAACUUCCUGAGGAUCCCGAGACUCUGGCUCGCGAUUUGAAGGGUAUCAUUGUCGUCGACCACCCUGUUCCUCUGCGAAAAUGGAGCCAAGCCCCGAUCCUCUCCAUCUUCGAUCACCACGUAGACAGCGGAGCCGGACCAGACGCAAAGCCACGCAUCUUCGAAAAAGUAGCAAGCUGCACGACUCUCGUGGCUCGUCAAAUGCUGGAUGAACUCGAAGCACUUCCUGAAGAGUAUCACAUGCCUCACGAACUGCUCGAGCUCAUCCUCGGCGCCAUCGCAAUCGACUCCGAUGGCCUAGAAGACGCCACCGAAGAAGACCGCAAAACCGCACAACGCGUCUUGGAACGCAGCAACUGGCACAAGAGCGACCUCGAUGACAAAAUGCAAGAAGUAGCAGAAGCACUCAAAGAUGCCAAGAAAGAUCUCGACCAUCUCAGUGUCCGCGACUUGCUCCGCCGAGACUACAAAGGAGAUCUCGUCGAUACUCCAUCUCCACGUACACCCACUGUCAGCCUUGGCUUCGCUUCAAUCCCCUUCUCACUGGACGAACAAAUUGAGAAAACCGAAUUCCAAGCUCUCUUCGACUGGUUUGCCAUCGAAGCCGCUUGGACAGCACAAGUCGGAAUGGACAUCAGCGUCGCAUUGAACAAGUACAAAGUCAAAGACAAGCACGGCAACAAGCAGAAAAUCCGAGAGAUCGUUCUCGUAGUUCGCAGUGAUGUACGAAUCGAUGAGGAUCAAGCUGACGACCUUUUCCGUACUGUCUCAAAGGCUAUUGAGGAGGAGCCGACGCUGGAUGCUAAGCCUUGGCAUCGUGCUGAUGAGCUUGGAAGAAGGCAGAUGGUGUGGUAUCAUAAGAGGGAAGAUGCGGGGAGAAAGGUGAUCAGGCCGAUUAUUGAGAAGGCUGUCGAGGCUUGGGAUUAGGUGGCCCUGUGGGGUGGGAUGCCUGCGACGGUGGUGACGACGGCGAAGAAGGCGGUGCCUUAUCGAGCAUGAUGACUUGAGCUAUCAUCCCGGCUCUCACCUACACACGAUGUAGACGCGCGACCCCAAGUGCUGCGCACUUGCUCACGCGCGCUCUCGUAUUUGCGAACGGGAUAACUAAGCUUGCUCUGUACCGAUCGGUGACCUGAGGACACAAGAUCUCUACUAGUAGCUCAAAUAAAUUAUAACACACUUCACACAGCUUUCCUUACAUACUCGGAAGACCGUCAGUCACUUCGCAC